AUGAAGUUGCAAGCUAUAGUAAUUGUAGGCCUUUUGGCCGCUGUAAGCAUAGUCGCUGCUAAACCAGCACUAGGAAAUCAGUGUAGUAAACAGGAAGAAGGCCAAACAUUCGGCAUAGCCAGCGACUGCCAUAAAUACACCGUCUGUAAGAAGGGUGAACUGAAAGUCAAAUCAUGUGAGAGCAAGUAUAAUUACGAUGUCGUCACCUCGCAGUGUGUUAAAAUCAACAAAGCCACCUGUGCAACUGAGCCCACGAUCGAAGAUCCGCAGGAAUCAGACGUACAGUACGAUUAUCUGUGCACGAAUGUGCUUUUCGGACUAAGAAUUCAUCCACAGGAUUGCGAUAAGUACAUUAGUUGUUCUGGCGAGAAGGCCAAGAUAGAAUUCUGUGCUGAUGGUCUGAUCUUCAGAUCAGAAGUAAUCGGAUGCGUAGCAGGCGACAAAAUCAGUUGUGAACCAUUAGCUGAGGAACCAUCUACUACGACAUCUGUGCCUGACUCUGGUGAGAGUAACGAAACUGGAAAUGGAAAUGCCUCUGGUGAGAGCAAUGAAGCUGGAAAUGGAAAUGCCUCUGGUGAGAGCAACGAAACUGGAGCUAACCCGGAAGAGCCUGCUGGAAAGUACGACUACGUUUGUGCGAAUGUUUUUCUGGGAUCGAAGCCUCAUCCGGAAACGUGCAAGAAGUACAUCUCGUGCUACAAGAGCAAGGCCAAGGAGGAGAAUUGCAAGAAGGGCUACGCUUACUCUUCAAAGCUGCACCUGUGCGUCAAGCAGAAGGACGCAAGCUGCGCAUCUAAUCCAGAAGACCCUGCGCCAACUGUAGCGCCACCAACUGCUAGCACUGCUUCAUCCGAAUCUGGUGAAAGUACUGAAACCGGAAAUGGAAACAACUCUGGUGAGAGUAACGAAGCUGGAAAUGGAAGUGCCUCUGAAGAGAGUACUGAAACCGGAAAUGGAAAUAACUCUGGUGAGAGCAAUGAAGCUGGAAAUGGAAAUGCCUCUGGUGAGAGCAACGAAACUGGAGCUAACCCGGAAGAGCCUGCUGGAAAGUACGACUACGUUUGUGCGAAUGUUUUUCUGGGAUCGAAGCCUCAUCCGGAAACGUGCAAGAAAUACAUCUCGUGCUACAAGAGCAAGGCCAAGGAGGAGAAUUGCAAGAAGGGCUACGCUUACUCUUCAAAGCUGCACCUGUGCGUCAAGCAGAAGGACGCAAGCUGCGCAUCUAAUCCAGAAGACCCUGCGCCAACUGUAGCGCCACCAACUGCUAGCACUGCUUCAUCCGAAUCUGGUGAGAGUAACGAAACUGGAAAUGGAAAUGCCUCUGGAGAGAGUACUGAAACCGGAAAUGGAAAUAACUCUGGUGAGAGCAAUGAAGCUGGAAAUGGAAAUGCCUCUGGUGAGAGCAACGAAACUGGAGCUAACCCGGAAGAGCCUGCUGGAAAGUACGACUACGUUUGUGCGAAUGUUUUUCUGGGAUCGAAGCCUCAUCCGGAAACGUGCAAGAAAUACAUCUCGUGCUACAAGAGCAAGGCCAAGGAGGAGAAUUGCAAGAAGGGCUACGCUUACUCUUCAAAGCUGCACCUGUGCGUCAAGCAGAAGGACGCAAGCUGCGCAUCUAAUCCAGAAGACCCUGCGCCAACUGUAGCGCCACCAACUGCUAGCACUGCUUCAUCCGAAUCUGGUGAGAGUAACGAAACUGGAAAUGGAAAUGCCUCUGGAGAGAGUACUGAAACCGGAAAUGGAAAUAACUCUGGUGAGAGCAAUGAAGCUGGAAAUGGAAAUGCCUCUGGUGAGAGCAACGAAACUGGAGCUAACCCGGAAGAGCCUGCUGGAAAGUACGACUACGUUUGUGCGAAUGUUUUUCUGGGAUCGAAGCCUCAUCCGGAAACGUGCAAGAAAUACAUCUCGUGCUACAAGAGCAAGGCCAAGGAGGAGAAUUGCAAGAAGGGCUACGCUUAUUCUUCAAAGCUGCACCUGUGCGUCAAGCAGAAGGGUGAUAGUUGUGACUCACAGGGAGCUGGAUCAGAGCCAACAACGGUUACUACAGAGCUUGUUACUGAACCAGAGACAGAGACUCAGCCACAAACCGAUGCUCCUACUACCACCGAGACAACAACGACGGAAAUCACCACUGAAGUAGAGACAGAAUCUGAGCCACAGCCAGAACCUACUACCGAUGCUCCUACUACCACCGAGACAACAACGACGGAAAUCACCACUGAAGUAGAGACGGAAUCUGAGCCUCAGCCAGAACCUACUCCACCAGCAACGGGUGGUGAUCCUGGCUCUCCCAGCUGUGAGGGCGAUUUUACUGGAUAUCUAACCAUCGAAAAUGACUGCGUCCAGUACGUGUACUGCUAUCAGGGAGAGCCGUCAGUGAAAACUUGCCUUGAAAAUUAUAUCUACUACGCUCCAUUCAAGGCCUGUCUGCCAGGAGACCCAGUUACCUGUCAGUUGUACACUGCUUAA